GUGAAGAAAAAUAUUUUUUUUUCUUCAGGAAUUGAUUGUCAGGACGUUCUGAGCCGAGGUCAGUCUCGGGGAGACGGCAUGUACUGGCUAGACCCAGAUGGUGGAAGCCAUUCAAAUACGUUCCUAGCUUACUGUGACAUGACGUCAUACAAUGGAGGAUGGACCAUGUGUUACACUACUGAUGAAUACGCCAAACCCAGCACUGAAGUCGAGUAUAAUGCCUUAUUUCCUUAUGGAACUGACGGGUACAGGACCAACUGCAACAACAUCGGAGUAAGUUGGUGCAUACCUUUCGGACAUAGUCUAACAUAACCAACUUCAUUUGAUAAAAAUCUUUUCAAAUUCAGAGAGUAUUUUUUAGAGCUGGAUCAGGCUGGUUCAUAAUCUCGUACCUAGAUCUUCCAAAAGACAGAGUGACAUCUGGGUACGAGAUUAGCUGGUUCAGUUAGAUUACCUUCCAAAAAAACGCCUUCUGACCUGAGAUUGGUUUCCUACAUCCGGGUCUAACCAGCACAUAUCGGCACAAAUUAUUAUGGACAGCAAUGACAUAUACGUACCCAAAAAAGGACUUGGUUUAAUAUUCCCUUUGGACAAGGUAGAGCAAAGCUCCAACAAUUUCCUUCAGUAAGUUUGCUCUAUCCAACAUUCAACAAUCUCUUGUACGAUAAGCUUCACGGCAAAUUCAGUCCAACUUCCUUUUGUUUGUUUUUGUGACAUCGCUUCUUUCAUUUUUUGCAUGUACUAAUAGGUUUGUGUAUGAAAUUUGCCGUAACCCUCAGUCUAACUCCCAGGAGUAAUCUGCGUGUGACUUCUCCUUGUAAUGAUAUCAAUACAUUGUCCAGCAGACAGGUGAUAUGAGGCAAAUGUGUCAACUUCUCUUGACUAAUGUACAAAUGGAAAUGUAUAACACAUAACACAUGUAUAGCUUGAGAGUUAAAGGCUUGAAUAUUUAAAUGGUCAGGCGCUUAGUUACCGUUUAAAAAUGAAACUCGGACAAACAAAUUGACUUAACAUUGGCAAUUUCUCACCUGCUUUUCUCUUUUCAUUAAAAUAUCAUGUUUGUCAGUCUGACUUUUGUCAUUAAAAUGACAAAAAUGACAAAAGUCAGUCAAAUAUUGCAAUACUCACUCUGACGUCAUUUGUGGGCUGUUCUUUUGCAUGUCGAGAAAUAGUUUUACUUUUUUUUAUCCUUCAGGAUAUUCUCUAAGACAUUGUCCAUCGUUCCGUCUUUUCCAUCAAGUCAUUUGUUCUUUUCUCUUCUUGUUUUAGUUUACUGAGAUCAUUUUCGUUGAUCACAAAACUGGAAAUAAGGCUUACUUUAAGCAAAAGACCAACCUGACGACCAUCAGGGCCGCUGGUAACUAUGGGAAGCAAGCUGACACCUAUGGAUUGUAGAUAGGCUUUGGAACCAUNAGUCUAACUCCCAGGAGUAAUCUGCGUGUGACUUCUCCUUGUAAUGAUAUCAAUACAUUGUCCAGCAGACAGGUGAUAUGAGGCAAAUGUGUCAACUUCUCUUGACUAAUGUACAAAUGGAAAUGUAUAACACAUAACACAUGUAUAGCUUGAGAGUUAAAGGCUUGAAUAUUUAAAUGGUCAGGCGCUUAGUUACCGUUUAAAAAUGAAACUCGGACAAACAAAUUGACUUAACAUUGGCAAUUUCUCACCUGCUUUUCUCUUUUCAUUAAAAUAUCAUGUUUGUCAGUCUGACUUUUGUCAUUAAAAUGACAAAAAUGACAAAAGUCAGUCAAAUAUUGCAAUACUCACUCUGACGUCAUUUGUGGGCUGUUCUUUUGCAUGUCGAGAAAUAGUUUUACUUUUUUUUAUCCUUCAGGAUAUUCUCUAAGACAUUGUCCAUCGUUCCGUCUUUUCCAUCAAGUCAUUUGUUCUUUUCUCUUCUUGUUUUAGUUUACUGAGAUCAUUUUCGUUGAUCACAAAACUGGAAAUAAGGCUUACUUUAAGCAAAAGACCAACCUGACGACCAUCAGGGCCGCUGGUAACUAUGGGAAGCAAGCUGACACCUAUGGAUUGUAGAUAGGCUUUGGAACCAUCAAUAACCUUUAUUCGUACCAGCUGUUGAUCUGCGAUACUUCUUUCUACACCGGUUUUUUUGUUUCCGGCUACACCAACUGUUACAAGCAGUGUAACCAUUGGUGUCUUGAUUACAAAUCGCCAUACUUCCGCACAGCAUCUACCAGGUCGCUUUACAAGGGUGUGGCCUUUAAUACCAAUGGUGCCAGAUCUGUCAGCACCCGACUGAUGAGUGUUGGUCUGCGUUAG